AUGGCCGUCCUUAAGCACUGCGUCUGGCUCCUCUUUGCCGCCGGCAACGCUGCCCUUACCUCUGCCAAGACCACAACCCACAACUUUACGCAGACGGCGAUCGACAACGGCGAUGCCCUUACCCAGCUCUCAGCGCAGGCUCUCGAGGCCUCAAAGGCGCUGAACCAGCGGAUGGGUAUCAACUCGACCUGCACGCCCGACAAGCUGCGCGUACGGAAAGAAUGGAGAACAAUUCCUGCCGAAGAGCGCAAGGCGUACGUCGCUGCGGUCAAGUGCCUUCAGUCAUCCCCUAAUCUGUUGAACGCCACGGAGCUUCCGUCUGCAAAGUCAUUAUACGACGACUUUGUUCUGACCCAUCUCAACCAGACUGGAAUGAUUCACAUUACGGCGAACUUCCUCCUUUGGCACAGAUAUUUCACAUGGACAUACGAGGAAAACCUCCGCAACGUUUGCGGCUACACCGGAACCUUCCCCUACUGGGAAUGGGGUUUCGACGUUGAAGACCCAGCUAAGUCGCCCGUCUUCGACGGCUCGGAGACCUCCAUGGGAAGCAACGGCGCAGCCAUCGAGCACGAGGGCAUGCACCUCCUCCAGAGCUUCACCAACACCACCAUCAUCCUCGAGCCCGGCUCGGGCGGCGGCUGCGUCGAGACCGGACCCUUCUCCGAUAUGGUCGUCCACGUCGGGCCCCGGCUGCUGUGGCAGUACGGCACCACGACGCCGCUGACCGUCGAUAAGCCGACCGAUGACCACCCUCGCUGCCUGAAGCGUGACCUCAACAAGCACAUUGCUGCCCGAUACUCUUCGCUGCGCAAUACCACCGAGUUGAUCCUCGGUAACGACAACAUUGAGUGGUUCCAGGCGGUUAUGCAGGGUGAUGACAGGUAUACGCCCGGCAGCGAGGUCGGCAUUCACGGAGGAGGCCACUACACGAUAGGAGGCGACCCCGGCGCGGAUCCCUUCAUUUCUCCCGGCGAGCCCGCCUUCUUCCUGCACCACGCCCAAAUCGACCGCGUCUACUGGAUUUGGCAGAUGCUUGACUUUGCCAACAGACAGGAUAUCUUUGGCACCAGGACAUUGCAAAACAACCCGCCGAGCGCGAACGCCACUUUGGAUGAUCUAAUUGACAUUGCUCCCAUUGGCGGAUCGGCCAAGCUCAGAGACCUGAUGAACACUGUCGGAGGAUCUCCGUUCUGCUAUGUCUACGAGUAA